AUGUUUCAGAAGUUGGUAAUUCUAUCCGGAAUCCUCAUGUCCGCCGCCUGCAUGGUGCUACACCAGCCGCCCUUGCCCCUCUACCUACCGCUGCAGUAUCAAGAGCCGACGCCCAAUUACAACUUCGCCUACGAAGUCAACGACGAGCACACCGGAGACUACAAGAGACAGCAGGAGAGUCGCAGGGGGGACGCUGUUCUUGGCCAGUACUCACUGCUGCAGCCGGACGGAAUCACGAGGACUGUGGAAUACAGAGCGGACGACCACACUGGAUUUAACGCGGUGGUGAACAACGUUGGAAGGCCGAACAACGUCCAGCAGGAGAGACAAGAGGAGAAUAGCAACACCGAAGCUAACAGGAGGCCCGACGAGCGACAAUCCCGACCCGAGCAGAGCUGGCAGACUUCUAACGACCAGCAGGUCCCCAGGUCCCCUUCGACCAUUUCCCACACAUCUCUCAUUCAACAUGUUCUUCGGAACUUCUCG